CUACAAUUGGUGGAAAUCAGGAACAGAGAAGUCCUCUGAGGGGUUCCUUCUUCACAUACAACUUCUAAGAGAAACGUCUGCUAAGAGCUGUUGAAGAGAGAAAUAAGAGGUUCUCAAUAGCAGCCAACAGGAAACAAGCUGUCAUGGCGAAAAGGGUUGCUGUCAUUGGAGCCGGGGCCAGUGGCCUAACUGCUAUUAAAUGCUGCUUGGAUGAAGGUCUCCAGCCAACAUGUUUUGAAAGAAGUGACGACAUUGGUGGGCUGUGGAGGUUCCAGGAGCACGAUAUUGGGGGCCAGGCCAGCAUUUAUAAAUCUCUAACCAUCAAUACCUCAAAGGAGAUGAUGAGCUACAGUGAUUUCCCCAUCCCUGCUGAGUACCCAAACUACAUGCACCACAGCAAAGUGCUGGAGUACUUCAGGAUGUAUGCAGAACACUUUGACUUGCUCAGACACAUACGUUUCAAGGCCUGUGUCUGCAGCAUAAAGAAACGGCCAGAUUUCCCCAUUACUGGCCAAUGGGAGGUUGUAAGUGAAAUAUAUGGGAAGCAGGAGUCUGCCAUCUUUGAUGCUGUCCUGGUCUGCACUGGACACCACAUAGAUCCUUAUUUUCCACUGGAUUUGUUUCCUGGUAUUGAGAAGUUUAAGGGGAAAAUUAUGCACAGCCGAGAAUAUAAGCACCCUGAAAAAUUCCGGGACCAGCGAAUCCUCGUGAUAGGCUUGGGAAAUUCUGGAGCAGACAUCUCCGUGGACCUCAGCCAUGUCACUAAGCAGAUCUUUCUGAGCACCAGAACUGGCACCUGGGUGGUGAAUCGUGUCUCCGAUGACGGGUACCCCUUAGACGUGGUUCAUUUUACACGUUUCAAAAACCUCCUUCGCAAUAUGCUUCCUUGCACUCUGGUGAACCUGUGGGGAGAGAAGAAGCUGAACAUGAGGUUUAAUCAUGAGAACUAUGGUAUAAAACCCCAGCACAGGUUCCUCAGUAGGUAUCCCAUUGCAGCUGACGACCUUCCAAACGCCAUAAUUUCUGGUAGGGUGCUCAUGAAGCCAAACGUGAAGGAGUUCACUGAGAGAGGAGUGAUUUUCGAAGAUGGCAGCAGAGAGGAAGAGAUUGACGUGGUGAUCUUUGCCACAGGCUACAACUACUCCUUUGCCUUCUUUGAGGAGGGAGUCAUCAAGACAAGGGACAAUGGGAUCCCGCUAUAUAAGUUUGUCUUCCCACCACAGCUGGAAAAGCCCACACUGGCAAUCAUUGGCCUCCUCCAACCUUUGGGCGCCAUCAUGCCAAUAGCUGAACUCCAAGCUCGCUGGGCCACAAGAAUCUUCAAGGGCCUGCUCAAGUUGCCUUCAGAGGAUGAAAUGAUGGCUGACAUAACUGAGAAGAUCAAGUAUAAUGAGAAACGAUAUGUGCCAAGCCAGCAUACCAUGCUCCAGGUGCAGUACGUUGAUCACAUGGACGAACUGGCCUCCCUGUCGGGAGUGAAGCCCAACCUGUCGCGCCUCAUCCUGACGGACCCAAAGCUGGCCUGGGAGGUGUUCUUUGGGCCCUGCUCUCCGGUGCAGUUCCGUCUGAGCGGGCCUGGGAAGUGGGAGGGGGCCAGAAACGCCAUCCUCACCCAGAAGGAGAGGAUUGUCAAGGCCACCAAGACCCGAGGCCUGCAGACCUGCGUGGGCACCAGUCUGCCUUCGACUCCUUGUUUCUUCAUCAAAGUGCUUGGCUGUUUUGCCUUCUUUGCCAUCCUAGUAGCUUACCUGUAGAUUGGCGCCAUUUCCUUGUACCUGUAUACUCUUGUACCUGGCAAACAUCUAGGAUGCUGGGAAGAACAGAUGUGGCAUUAAAGAGAGCAGAAUCUGUUACAUGUUACAUAUCUGUUACAUUGUACAUCUCAAUGUGUCCAGCACCCUAAUCUGAGGACUCUCACAUUCAAAAGUUCCCAAGGAAAGAAAACCUUGUUAUGAUGGAAGAUCAUAAAAAUCUACCCUCUGACUUGUAUGAGUUCUAUGAACAUCCCCCAUCUUUUCCUCCACAGAUCAGGCUUUUGAACUGCUUAGAAGUGAGGAUAAACAGUUUUUGAAAUUACAGAGCAAUAGCCACGUCAAUAUUUUAUUCAUGCAGCUGUCAGUCUACAACAGCUUAUAACACAAUAAAUCUGUCCGUCUUUUAAGAUGUUACAAGGCCCUGAGCAACUCUAUCAGCUUAAGCUUCUGUGAGACAGAGAAAUGUCAAAACUGGAGGUCUGUAGAAUUUCUAAGAAAUAAAACAUACAACA